AUGGUUGGAUGCAAACCCUCUAAUACUCCUAUGGAUCCAUUCAACAAGAUAGGCUCAAAAGAAGAUAUGGUUGCUGUUGACAAGGGAAGAUAUCAAAGACUAGUUGGAAGGUUAAUCUACUUAUCACACACAAGACCUGACAUCAGCUUUGCAGUGAGUAUGGUUAGUCAAUUUAUGAACAAUCCCACCGAAGAACAUCAAGAAGCCGUAUAUAGGAUACUACGCUACUUAAAGAUGACUCCAGGUAAAGGAUUAUUCUUCAAAAGAGUGGCAAGUCGUGACGUGGAGAUCUUCUCAGAUGCAGAUUGGGCUGGUUCCUUAACAGAUAGAAGGUCUACUUCAGGUUAUUGUACCUAUGUCUGGGGCAAUCUAGUUACUUGGAGGAGUAAAAAGCAAUCGGUUGUGGCACGCAGCAGUGCAGAAGCGGAAGUUCGUGCCAUGGCCCAUGGAAUUUGUGAAGGGAUAUGGUUAAAAAGGCUGCUUGAAGAACUCCAGCUCGCUCCUCACGGACCUAUGAAGUUGAUGUGUGGCAAUCAAGCAGUAAUCAGCAUCGCAAAAAAUCCAGUCCAUCACGAUCGAACCAAACAUGUUGAGAUUGAUCGUCACUUCAUCAAAGAGAAGACAGAGCAAAAGAUCAUAGAAGUGGACUACAUCCCUACAUGA